AUGUCAUUCAGUUAUUCAGCCUUGUGUGCUAUAUGCAAACACAAUCCAAGUACUACGUCAUGUCAAGGUUGUAAAGGAAAAUAUUGCUCAACAUGUAUAUCUGAGCACCGUGCUGAACUAUCGAGAGAGCUCGAUGGUCUAUUUAAUGUUCGUAACGAACUUGUUGAAAAUAUUAGUAAUCUUUCAACAAAAAUGUAUCCACGCUUUGAUGACAUUGACCUGUGGGAAAAAGAAAUGCAUGGACAUAUUGAUUUUAUUGCCUCUACAGCACGAGAUCAAGUUCGACAGUUUCAAUCAGAAUCAAGUAAAAAUGUUCGCAUUGAACUUGAUAAAAUCUCAAAAGAAUUACAAGAAAGACAAAAAACUGGUGGAUAUAUUGAAGAUGAUCUUAAUCGAAUAAGACAACAAUUCAAAAAUCUUGAUAGUAUUAUACAACAAUCUAAUGAACAAAUUCGUAUUGAUACUUCUGUUUCGAAUAAUAUUGAUUGGAAUUCAUUAAUACGUGUUAUGCCCAUGCAUGCAAGUCGAACAAGUUCAAUUUCAAACAAUGUUCAAGCAAAUCAAGCACCAAAUUAUUUUCAAAAGCAUCCAGCGCCAAGCUAUUUUCAAACAAAUCGAAAUCUCUAUAAUCCUUCUGAUUCACUAUCAAAUAGUAAAAAAUCUAUGCCUUAUCAGCAAGUCUACUCCAGAGAAUCUACAUCUAUACCAUAUAGAACAGGCAUGCCACUAAAUUCUACUCGCGGUGCAUCGAUGAGUACGGGCAAUCCAAUUAGACAUUUCACCUGUAUUGGUUGUAAAACAGUAAAUGAUUAUCAUCCAAAUGAACGCAAUAUUUGUUCAACUUGUAAAUGCCCUGCUCCAUUGUAG